AUGGUGAUGGCAUCUGCAAACCCGGCGGUUUUAGAGCUUCCGAGUGUGGACCUGUCGGCGGAGAGGUGGGCGGUGUCGGAGCAGAUAGUGAAAGCGAGCCAAGAGUACGGCUUCUUCAAGGUGGUGAAGCAUGGUGUGCCGGAGCACAUCAUCACCACCAUGGAAGAAGAAGCCUUCGCCUUCUUCGCCAAACCGGUGGCUCAGAAGCAUGCCGUCGCCGGCUACGGCUCCAACACCAUCGGCUUAAGCGGAGACGUCGGCUGCCUCGACUACCUUCUCCUCAACGCUUCUCCUUCUUCCUCAUCUUUCUCCCAGCUAACCCCCCCAAGCUUCAGGUGUAGUGUGAGUGAAUACGUAGGAGCAGUGAGGGAGCUGGCAUGUGAGAUAUUGGAGCUAAUGGCAGAGGGUCUGGGGGUCCCCGAUACUAUGGCUUUCAGCAACCUCCUCAGACACCAUGAAAGUGACUCUCUCCUCAGGCUCAAUCACUACCCUCCUCUCCUUCUCAAGGACAUCAAUGUUGCCUUUGGCGAGCAUUCUGACCCUCAGAUCUUGAGCCUCCUCAGAUCCAACGAUGUUGCUGGCCUCCAGAUCUCCCUCCCCAAUGGCCUCUGGUUCCCCGUUUCCCCUGACCCCUCUGCUUUCUUUGUUAAUGUUGGUGAUGCUUUACAGGUGAUGACAAAUGGCAGAUUUGUAAGUGUAAGGCAUAGGGCUAUGACAAACUCACACAAGUCCAGAAUGUCAAUGGCAUUUUUUGGGGCUCCACCUCUAAAUGCCUGCAUAGCUGCUCUCCCGGAGAUGGUUACCGCCCAGAGGCCAUCGCUUUACAGACCUUUCACCUGGGCCGAAUACAAGCAAGCUGCUUACUCUCUCAGGCUUGGUGAUCACAGGAUUAACCAUUUCAGGAUGUGAGCACAAGUAGACCAGUAGCAGGCAUUCUUCUGGCCCACCCCCACCAAUCAAUGUGAAAAACUUG